AUCCGCCAUGUUUUUGGCCACACAUUUUUGACUGACGAGGUAUUGGAGCACGAUCUCCAGAUAUAUUAAGUAUAGCUCAGUGGUUUAUCUGAGUUUAUGAAACAUUUUGAACAUUUUCAUUUCAAAAUAGCAAAAUGGACUUGGAUGAUAUGGCUAUGUUACGUCCGCAUAUUACAAAAAUCGGCAACAGACAUUAUAGAAAAUUAGCGUUCGAAGGCAGCCAAUUUAAUGAUGCGUCUGAUAAUGUUGGUAGGUUUGCUAAGUCUUUUUAAUAAUUAAGCUGCAGACAAGUCCUACACGCGUAAAAAUCAUCAUGUUGAUGCAAGUUGUUCAAAACAGGAGCGAACAAUGUUGUGCUGCACCCCGUGAACAAUGUUGUUAACAAGUUGUUGAACCAUCAACAUUGUUGCAACUUGUUGACAAUCAUGUUAACAACUUGCAACAGUACUGAUGGUUGAACAACUUGUUAACAAUAUUGUUCACGGGGUGCAGCACAACAUUGUUCACUCCUGUUUGAACAACGCCGAACAACCUGAUCAAUUUUUACCCGUGUAGGACUGACCACUGACUGGUUGCGAUUUUGACUUAGGGGCUGUUUAUAUGAUCCCGGCUUUGUUAAUAUUUCCUACUAAAUUUCAUCUUGCAUUUAUAUGAGAACCGAGUUGGCCCGCCUAACCGAGGUCCCGCUUUGUGUGACACGAGACCUCGGGUAAGUGGGCUGGGUAGUUUGCCAUAACACACAUUGGGUCAUUUCAGAAAACAUCCAUACCACCCCCACGGAGGAAAUUGGAAGUUAAUACCCCUACCCCCAUCGGGUGUCCUAAUACAUUAACUAUUAUCAGUAAAAAUUUUCUCUCCCCUCCCCCACCGGACGGCAGAAGUUUCCUCCAUGGGGGGAGUGUGGAUCUUUUCUGGAAUGACCGAUUUACCGGAGUUGGCUCGGCUUUUAAGUAAAAUAUAAUGUCUUUGUGUGCAUGCCCAAAAUCCAAAUUGACUUUCCCACAAAAUUUUGUAUUUGUUUUCACAUUAGUCAGCCCACUCCAAAAGUUUCAUGUAAACGCAUGGUGAAAUUCAUCUCGGGGGAAGCGAGUUAGCUCGGGUACCUGGGCUGGCUUGCUUCCAUAUAAACAGCCCCUAACACAUAUGAAUUCAAACAAAUUAUGGCUUACCGCACCAUUGUUUAUAUCCUUGGCUCAUGAUAAUAGUGGAAUGACAAGCUGGACAUGUUGAGUGCCCUAAGUGUUCAUGUUAGUGCACAAGUUGGCAUGAUACACAUACCCUAGUGGAAGGCAAGAAGUUGUGCAAGUCUAUAUGCACAAUAAUUUGGGGCCCUUGGUUCAAUUUUCAAGUUCAGGUACUGUUGCUCCCUGAAGACUUGAACUACUGCGAAUUCAGGUAGACUGUUAAAUGUGAAUAGUUGUUGUGUUAGUUUUAACGGUUGUACGAUUACGUUUCUAGGCAGAUUUUCAGAUGUUUCUAAGACGUGGCUUCAGUGUUUAUUUUCAAAAUUUAACCGUUGCAAUUACAACGUUUAAAUUUUGAAAUUAAACAUUGAAGCCACACCUUAUGUACCAGUCAAUUCCAACUGUGAUAUCACAUCCCCCUCCCCCGGGCAAACCCCCAGGAAUUUGACUUUUCGAUAAAAUUUUGGUCAAAUUCCCCACUGUGCAGGCGAAAACCAUCGUCAAAUUCCCCAGGGUGCGGGCAAAAAUUUUAUGUGUAUAUGUGCAUUUGUACUGAAAGAACAUAUCAUUAAUCAUCAAAAAUUAAUUCUAACAUGAACAAAAGUGAAAGUUUUUAAUAGAGAAGCCAUUAAAUUUAUGUCAUGUUGAUGUUAAUAGAUAUGUCAUGUAGACUAAAGUGUAAUUACUAUAUACCGGAAAGUCUUAAUAAAACACAAACUUCAAAUCAACAAAAUCAAUUCUCAGUCGUGUCUAAAUAUAAGAAGCAUCUCAAACAAAUUUGAUAUGUUUAAACAACUAAUCAAAUCUACGAAGGAAAAUUUUCAGAUAAUUGGUUUGACAGAAACAUGGCUAGGCGAUGAGAACUAUAAAAACUUUAACUUGGAAGGUUAUGAUUCAUUAGUAUGCACAGAAGUGGAAAAAUGGGUGGUGGAGUAGGUAUAUACGUUGCUGAAAAAUUACAACAUAAAUUACGCAAAGACCUUAAUGUUAACAUAGAAGACACCAUUGAAUCUACUUUUAUAGAGAUAGCCACUCAUGAAAUUGGGAAAAAUAUUAUCGUCGGAGUAAUUUAUCGGCCACCAAAUAAUAAGAUCGAAGUAUUUCAAGAUGCUAUAAAUGAAAUUUUGAGCAAAGUAGAUAAAGAGAAUAAGAUCUGUUAUCUCAUGGGAGAUUUUAAUAUUGAUUUACUUAAAUCGGAAUCUUGUGAUUUUGCCAAUAAAUUUACAGAACAACUUUUUACAUCUUCUUUUUACCCACUCAUGACAAAACCAACUCAAAUAACAUCCAAUACUGCUACACUUAUAGACAAUAUUUUUACUAAUAUUAACAUUGACAACAUUGAUUCAAGCAUAAAUGGAAUUCUUUUUAGUGAUAUUUCAGAUCUACCAAUAAUUCACAAACUUUUUUUUUAAUACCCUAAUGAAGGCCUAAUGAAGACACAGGAGAGAAAUACUAUACAAAAAGGAUAUAUAAUAAAAACAAUUCUAGGCUUUUUACAGAUGAAAUUAAAAAUGUAUGUUGGGAAGGAACGAUUUCUUGCAAUAAUCCAAACGAGUCCUUUAACCAAUUUUCCGCAUUAUUCACAGCUAGUUAUGAUAAACAUUUUCCAAUUAAAAGAAUGAAAGUAAAUAAGAAGUUUAACAAGUACAAAAGCCCCUGGAUGACAAAGUGUGUUUUAAAGUCAAUCAAAAGGAAAAAUAAAUUCUACAGUAAAUACUUAUCAGAUCCUAAUAAAAUAAAUGAGAAUUUGUACAAAAAAUAUAAAAAUCGAUUAAAUCAUGUAAUUAGAUUGUCCGAAAAGAAAUAUUAUGAACAAGAACUAAUUACAUAUAAACAUGAUUCAAAGAUGAUGUGGAAAACAAUAAAUGAGAUACUAAGUAGAAAAACAAAAAAAAAGAACUUCCAAAAGAAUUUACUGAUAUGAACACAACAAAUACUAUUAAAGAUCAGUUUGAUCGAAAUUGCAAAUAAAUGUAAUAACUUCUUCGUAAAUAUACUGUAGGACCUAACCUAGCGAAGAAAAUUACAAAUACAUCCAAUACAAAUUUUAGCAAAUAUCUGACUCAUAAUUAUCUAAACAGCAUAUUUCUUGAUCCGAUAACAGAAUUUGAGGUACAAAAUGAAAUGAACAAUUUGAACUUGAAUAAAAGCCCAGGGUAUGAUGGUCUGAGUACUAGAACGAUUAAACAAGUGAGUACCGAAGUAUCAAAACCACUUGCACAUAUAUUUAAUCUGACAUUUACUACAGGUAUUAUUCCUGAACAGAUUAAAACUUCCCUGGUAACACCAAUAUUCAAAUCAAAUGAAGAAAAUAAAUUUGAAAACUAUAGACCAAUAUCAGUUUUAACUUGUUUCGCUAAAUUACUUGAAAAAUUAAUGUACAAACGACUAAUAAAAUACGUUGAAAAAAACAAUAUUUUAUCUGACCAUCAAUAUGGAUUCAGAAAAAACAGAUCAACUGAACUUGCAAUAAUCGAACUUGUUAACAAAAUUACAAAAGAAAUCGAUCACGGAAAAUACACCAUAGGUAUUUUCUUAGAUUUGUCAAAAGCAUUUGACACCAUUGAUCACAAGAUUCUGAUCAGUAAAUUAGAGUAUUACGGAAUUCGUGGCAUAGCAAGACUUUGGUUUGAAAAUUAUCUUACAAACAGGAAACAAAUUGUAAAAUAUAAACAAAUAAUGUCAAGCGAAAUGAUAGUACAAACUGGGGUCCCGCAAGGUUCAAUAUUGGGUCCGCUACUUUUUAUCCUCUAUAUAAACGAUAUUCAAAACUGUAGUGAUAUAGCAUCAAUGCUAUUGUUUGCUGAUGAUACAAAUAUAUUUUACAGUCACUCAUGCCUCAAAACACUAAAUGAAACUCUUCAGACGAAAGUGGACAAAAUAGCCGAAUGGCUAAACACAAACAAUCAAAAACCAAAUUUAUUUUAUUUCGAUCCUCAAAAAAAAAAAAAGAAACACGUAGACAGUAAAGUUGUCCAUCAAUAACGACGAUAUCAAACAAGUCAAAAGUACAACCUUUUUAGGAGUAGUUAUUGAUGAAUGUUUAUCAUGGAACGAUCAUAUCGAUUCCGUUGCAAAGAAAAUUGUAAAAUCUGCAGGAAUUAUUGCAAAAAUUCGUCAUUUUACAAAUUUGAAUACUUUAAAACUAAUAUACUAUGCUUUAGUCUAUCCAUAUCUAAUCUAUGGCAAUCUAAUAUGGAGUAACACAUACAAAACAAGAAUUCAAGAAUUCACAAAAAUAUUUAUUGACCUACAGAUCUUGAAUCUCAGUAAGUUAAAUAACUACUUUACAAGUCUUUUCAUGUUCCAAUAUCAUCAUUUAAACAGCUUGCCAAAAUUCUUCACAAACGUUUUUAUUUCAAACAACCAAAUUCACUAAUACAACACUCGAAACUCAACUCAACUUCAUAAAUCUUAUCAGCGUACUAACUACGUCAAGCACUCGCUUUCAGCGAAAGGGGUGGACGUUUGGAAUAAUGUUGACAGUAAUUUAAAAAUAAUAACAUUUUUAUGUAAUUAAUCCACUUUCUAUGUAAUUAAUACAAGUAUUGAAUGUAACAUAACCUCACUAUUUGUAAAUACUUAGAACCGAUGACAAUUUAACUAUAUAUAUUAGCACCAAGACUUUAAACUAGGGGUCUAAAUCGAAAAGCCUGUUCAAGGUUUCUAUAGACUCCUAGCCUAAAUGUAUCUACUUUAUUUUUAUUUUUUUAUGUAACAUAAUGGUAUAUCACAUGCAGGGCAAAUCAUUAAAAAAAAAAAUAAAUGUUUUUGUUGCUUUUUUUCUUGUUUUGUUUUUGAGACAAAUUCAGUAAAACAGGAAGCAACAACAGCUUUUUUAACAUCCCUGCUCUUGUUCCAGACUUUGAACAAAGGCAUAUUUACUGUCGAUGCAAUGGAAGUGUUGAUAAAAUAUUGCACCAAUUCCUUUUCUCAAGUUGAUCAAUUCAUUUGAUAGAAAAUUGAUCAACUUCCUGUUACUUUUAGAUGAGCCAAUUAGAUUUCGUUUCAGAACCGAUUGACCAAUAGGAAACGCACAGGAAGUAAAAAGAAAUUUGAAUUCGUAUGAAUUGAUCAACUUGAGGAAAUGAAUUCAUGCAAUAUUUUAUCAACACUUCCAUUGCAUCGACAGUAAAUGAUAUUGUAUAAAACGUAAAAUUUACAUAUAAUUUUCCACAUGAAUACUUAUAAAGAUGAGUAAAAGAUGUGUAAAGAUGCUCUAAAGAUUACGAUUUUUUUGCGUGCAACCGCCGACUAAUUUUGUGCGACCGCGAACCGACUCAAAUGCCCGACGGGGCGUGCUCAGAUUCGCGUCAAAUUCCAGCCUGUGCGUGAUUAAACUCUGGUCAAAUCCCGGGGGUUCUCCGGGGGGGGAUGAUCGCAGUUGGAAUUGACUGGUACAUAAUAGAAACGUCUGAAAAUCUGCCUAGAAAUGUCAUCGUACAACCGUUAAAACUAACGCGAUAAUUAUUCGCAUUGAACGGUCUACCUGAAAACGCAGUAUAUAUUUUUCUGCUGUUGUGUUACAAAAUUUUUAAAAAAACCAUCUUGGCCUGGUUCCUGCAGAAUUUCUCAAUGCAAAAUUUCCACCAUCCAUAAAAUCUGCCAUUAAAUAAUAAAUUCCCUCAUAAACUUUGACAUGUAAACUCAACAGUGUACAGAUAUGAUGAGUAUGAAGAGGAUGAACCAGAGUGCGCAAUGAUUCAAGCAACUGGCAAUGGAUUUAAAACCUCCAUAGAUGUGGCUAUUGAACUAGUGAAGUUUAUUUGUGGCAAAAAAAUGGAAACUAAACUGAGGAUUGAAAGAGAAACAAACACUCAAAUCAAACUUCCCAGGCCUGGAUUUGAGGGACCAGUUGGUAAGUAAUCACCGCCAAUCUGAGUACAUUCAUUUUAGAGGUCUGAACAGUAUAAUUGGAGAGGUAAGUAAUCUUCGAGUUAAGCCCAGACCACGCCCAAACUACACCCAUUUUUGUCAAGGGCUUAACUCAAAGAAAGAAACGUUUUUUUCUGCGUAAAAGGUCAAUUCAUUCGUAAUAAGCUCCUCAGAGGUAUAAAAGCUAGUCCAAAAUAAUCUGUCACUUAAUGAAAAUUUACUGUUUAUACGAAUUGUUCGUCAUUCAUUUAGGCUGCUGCUUAUUUAAGCCGAGAAGUAUGAUAACUAUUUCCAGCUAGAUUGUGGGCGACUCAAAUCAUUGCUCUCUUACAUGCCUCAAAUGUUGGGGCUUAAGCCCGGCGCACACUGGAGAUAUCAGCUGAGCUGAGCGUCACUCGUGACUGUUGGCGUUUUAGAAUUAAUUUCAGAGUUUAUUUUAUUCCUUUUUGAGCUUUCUCCUUUACUUAUCAAAUAUACGUGUUUCGGUGCUUGCUUAAACAAUGUUUUGCAGAAAGUAAAACCGCAUGCUGGCAUGGCAUCGCCCAAAAUACAUCGGGCUCAGCGGAUUUUUGUAUGAAAAGCGAUAGCAAUGCGCUUGCAGAAUUUUCGAAAGCACGAAUUGGAUCGGAGCAAGUAAUUAAACUUUAUAGUAACUCAGUUCAAAUCAUUCAACUUAAUUUUUCCAUUUCCAAACGUUCAUUGAAAUACAGUAUGAAAUAAUGUUUCAUAAUUUUGUCUGCCAAAAUAUGCCGGUGCUCCGGCGCACAGCUCUAACAAAUUUCAAAUCAUUCAGGUGUUGACAUUUUUGGGUUUUGUGGAUUGUGGAGCAGAUAUUGGGAUGUUCAAAUAUUUUUAGCUUGUGCUAUGCAACACAAGCGUAUGAAAUUCAUUAAUAUGUGUUAAUGUAAAACCGAGAAAUGGUAAUUAAAAGCCACUCUUUUUGUUGUAAAAGUAUCGAGAAGUAGGUAUGACAUUAGGUACGGUAUUAUAUUUUUAUGAAUUAUGUAUUGAUUUAGUUAUUACUAGUGCAAGAAAGAAAGACAUAUUAUCUUGUCAACAUAAAAUUGAAUUGAUUAUUGAAUCGUCAAGACAGAAAAUUCCUCCGACACAUUUCCUUUCGUUUCCUUUAUACAACAUGGAAAUAAUCAGUCGUCUGGAGGAAUUUAAGUCCAUAGCAUUGGAAACUUGCAGACAGGUAUGUAUAUAAUAAACGUUGUUCUCAAAUGAAUUUAUUCUAGUCAAACUAUCCAUUGAAAACAUUACAAGAUACAACAGAAAACAAGAGGAAAAAGAAGAUGAAAUUUUUAUUUCACCAAAUAGUCUAUUCAGUUCUCACUGAGUGUAUGUCUCCUAUUGCUCAGAUGACCCUGCACUGCCAUGACCAAAAUGAAGAGUUUUGAGAGAAACGCCAGGCAAAAAUUGUGUUGGGAAAAAAUUGACAAGAUAUGUUAUACGUAUACUGUAGCCGUAAAGUUAUUCAUAGUUAAGGAAGAAAAUAUAUGAAGUGACAAAGGGAAAUAAAAAUCCUAUUUAAGCACAGACACAGCAGCUGUGGAUAGGAGCUUGCCAUUACCAUUAAGAUGCGAGUUCGAAUCCCGCUCGAAACAAUGAAUUUUCCAUUGGCAUUGUAUUCUGCACUGUCACAAUAAUAUGAAACUAGUUUUUGAAGGUGUAAGUUAAAUAUUAUUGCAUACUCCCGUCACUUUAUCUACGAGAAAUCGAACUAGAGUCUAUAACGCAUAUACCCGAGCUAUUAAAGCCGUAAAGGUUGGCAAAAUCGUAUAGCAUAAAUUAGCGCGUUUUCCACAUUUUUGAGCAUUGAAAACUCAAAACCGUCUUGAAAAAUCGUACUACUAGCUUAAAUGUCAUUUUUUCUUAAAUUUUCCAAUGGUAUAGUUUAUUUUUGUGAAAAGUGAACUUGAAAUUUUGCAUAUUAACAAAAAAUUUAAACCUGCAUCAUUUUCAGAUCUAGUCAAUUAACGAAAGAAAAAAUUCACUUUAGCAACAAAUCCCACAGCAGUGUUUUCACGACACUUUUUUACGCCGGUUUCAGGCGUAAUUACGGUUGCAAAUUCAUUUGGUCCCGUGUGAACAAGGAUAUAAACACUCAACACUUAUUACUAAGUAAAAACAAUUUGCAGCUGAUCUAAGUUUAAAAAGUUUAAAAUAUUGAAAUAUUUUACUCAAAAUUUAUUUAUGUUUAUAUAGUCAAAAGGCCUGGAUGCAAGUAUUUUCCAAAAACCUGCAAAACUUCAUCUUACCAUUGUUAUGCUCACUCUUCUGACACAGAAAGAAGUGGUUAGUGAUAUGUUUAAAUAUAAACGUGCUUCCUCAGUUAAUCUGAGUAUGGCAGGGACAAUGGCCUGAUACCAAGGCAUUUUUUCUCUGCCCCAUUUGCCCCACUGGAUUUCUCCCCCACCACUAAAGAAAAAAAAUGGCCUAUCGCCCCAAAGCCAGGGCCCUAGGACAUGUAUUGUGUAAAUGAGUUUAACAUUGAAAAGAAGUUUAAAAUUAUACGUUUUUAUGCUCAUAUAGUGUGAAAUGUUACUAGAAUCAUAAAAUCAAGUAGACCACUGAAGAAUCCUUAAAAAUUCAAUGCCUGAUACUCAGGCUAAUCUGUACUAAAGCCGCUGUCCACCAGGUAGUGGUUUUUCAACCGUUAUAAACUUGAUUGAAAAGCUAUAUAACUACCCAGACUGAACCUCAUAAUCAAUAAAAAGAAACUUUUAAAUACUAAGACAAUAGUAUUUAGAAAUUUUUAAAUACUAAUUUAUUAAUCUGGUUUAUACCAAUCAACGGACAAAAAAAUUCACUAUCCGUAUGAUAGCGCUUUCCGUACUUCGUACAACCGGCCCUUUAGUAUAUGCAUACAUCUGGUCUGUCAGUGGAUUACUGAAUUAGCCAAUUUUUUUCUAUUCUGAAUACUUUUGUUGUAUAUACUGAUAUUAGUUCCGUUUUUAUAGGACGCUGCAUCAUCAGUGUUAGAAGAGUGUUACGAAGACGUUAUAAGGUUGGUAAUUAUAGUUACUGUAUGCUUCACUUUAGCUCAUGAGAAGAAGGUACACAUCAGCUAAUAGCAUUUUUGCACAAACAAUUCUGUUUUAACUGCAAAUUGCUUGAAGUAUAUGAUACAUAAGUAGAUUAUAAUGGAUGAAGUUUUGAAGGCAAAUUAUAAUACAGAUUAAUUACUGCGAACGAUCGUUUCUUAUAGAGAAUAAGACCCAAGAGGCGUUACCUGCAGAAAGCAUCCCGAGGGCUGCACAACCAAUGUGACGAGGUUCAAACUUUUGAGCCCACAUUUUGAGCGCGGAUCAUUACCACAUGCAUGCCAAAAAGAGAUGAGAUUCAAAUUUUUGAUUUUGUGAUAUGGCCGAAAUAUUCUACUUAAUCAUGAUCAUCAUCUUUAGUCUAUGCGAAUGUCGUCCUUCGAAUGUUGUUUUCUGGAUCUCUGCAGGAGGGAGAUUCUGAGUAAAAUAAGUGUUUGGUUGCAAUGUAGAUACCGAUUAACAAUAUACACGAACUUGGAUGAAGGCAGGGCAGGAAAAAUAAUUUUCUUCCUGGGAGCACAACCUGGAGACAAAAAAAAAGCUUCCUGCAGACCAACGGAGUAUUUUUGUGCUAAAUCUGCAUGUGCAUAAACGUAUAGUGUUAUACCUGACCAUGCAAUUCGAUCAUGGUUUUAAAUUCAAGGAAUAAUGUCUGUCAACCAUACGUUGUUGCGCCCAUAGUUUCCUUCGAAUUUUCAAUAACAAAUCUUCAUUCAAAGGAAUUACCUGCAGCUGUUUAACAUUUCAUGCGAGCAGUGCUAACGUGCUCGCCUAUUUUUUCCACCCCUGGAUGAAGGAUCUGACUUUCGUCUGGAAGUUAGUAGACUUAUGCCACAGGUCGACUUGUAUUAUUUAUCUGCAUGCGCGGUUGAGCAGUCAAAUUUCUUCAGUUCAAAUUUCUAUAGGAAACUAUUAAUAGUGAAAGUGCGAGAGAGCCUGAGAGCGCCGCUCACAUGCACCCACGAUCUAAAUUUGUGCAGCUACAUUUUAAAAAUACUGCCAUUUUAACAAUAUUUAGCUCCCAGAGUCUAAAAUAAGAUGGAUUUUGCAAGCAUACUUUAUAUGAAUUUUGCUCGCAGGGACUAAAAAUAUUAAUGAGCUUUAAACAUGUCCUUUAUACAAAGUUCCAAACCUUUGCAGGUACACUAGAGGUAGAACAAUCAAUAUUGCUGCAAUGACUGGUCAAAGAAAGCUCCCUCCCAGUUAUUCAAACUUUCACCAUUAACCACAAAGCAAUUGACCAUUUUAAGAUGAUUAUAUACAUAUUGUUACUAACGCUGUUUAAGGCCACGUGUUGCGAAGGAACCAAUCAGGAUAAAGCUAGAAGGAGUUGAUUAUAUGAAUGAUGAACCGAGUAAAGUGGAUGUACUGUAUGCUAAAGUACACGAAGUUGAUGGAGGUGGAAGGUAAGGAUUCAAUCUAUAUAUGCUGUUUAUACCUGUAUAUGGUUCAAAAUUUGUGACUGAAUAAUGAAACUUGGUUUAAGUCUAAAGAUACAAUAUUGCUUCUGUAGAUGCAUUUGUACACUGGGCAUGUGGAUAAAACAUUACUCUUCUUUAAAUUAUCCUCGGAAACUAGUCUGACUAGCACGGAUAAAACCGCUAGAAUAAAAAUCGAUAGAGUAAACCAAUGGGGAUGAAAAUAAGUAAUGCCAGGAAUAAAGAAUUAAUAGUGCCAUAAAUGAGUAAUUAGUAUAUGCCCAUUAUUUCUCUUACCUCCGUACUGAUGGAGUUCCGUAUGAAUAUCCCAAAAUGACGUCGCAGCUUAAAGCUCGCAACUUGGUUUGCAUUUGGUCGUGCCUGUCUUGGUCAUGACCAAGUGAUGGUCACCAAAUUUGAACUCUCAGUCUAUUGUAUCUUGUUUUUUGUGUCCUUUAUUCCAAUCAGUCCAUAGAUGGAUUGCAAAGAUAUAUGUUAGGAUGUUAGGGUUUGUAAUCCAAGUGAGAAUAUAUACAUUUUAACACCCAACCAGGAACGACUGCGAAAAAUGCAGCACAAGGUCCUCUGGUAGGAAUCGAACCUACGGCCAUGCGAUUCCGGAGCUUUCAAAUCCUAAUAUUAAUUCCACCAAGUGAAGUGCAGAACUAAGUUAUUCAAGAUAUAUGUCGACACGUCAUUACGUCGGUUACCUGCGACCGUUAAUUAAUUAUGACCAAAUUGAAACCACGCUUAAUGGUCACUUCCGAAUUUGGUUGCUGGCAAUGAAAACUACUUAUUUACAAUGGAUUACAUUGUCCGCCUCGAUUUCAAGCUAUUGUUUUGUGUGCACUCAAGCAAAUUCACGAAUUGUCAAAAAGUACUAAUAUAUUUGCACACAGGACACAAAACCAAAUUUUUGCAUUGGUCUUGACUUGGGCCCACUGAUGCUUGGGCCCCGUUUACGUGAGACCGGGACGAAGUCAAACCGGGAUAAAAAUCGAAAUUUUCAAUAUGUUCACAUGAGACCGGUACGAAAAUCACAAAUCUUCCAAUUUAUUCGCCCGCCAUUUUCUUUCCUUACGGUGUUUUUGUUAGCAUGCAUUGUUUCGAAGCCAAAGAGCACAACCGAUACCGGUCGUUUACAUUCAUCCCGUUACGAAUUAAUCCCGUUCUGAACGACUCUGAAGAUAGUCGGUCCAGCGAGCAGGAUGACUAAUUCAGACCGGUCUCAGCAAUUUUUCGUCCUGGUCUCGUGUAAACAUCUACAGUAUUAUAAAUAAUACUAUGACCGAAAUGAAAUCGUCUCGGUUUGACUUCGUCCUGGUCUCAUGGGGCCUUGGUGACGACAACCACGACCAUGUGGAAACCAGGCUUUGGCAUCUGGUUAGAGAACUGGGUUGAAGGAUGCAUGAUCGAAUUUCAUUUCUUUCUUACAGGCUUCAAGAGUUAGCGAAUGAGGUGAUGAAUUACUUCAUCAUGAAAGGUUUAGGAAAGGAUGAAUAUGGCAGAGUGAAACUACAUGCUACAGUGAUAAACACAAGAUUACGGGAAACUGAUAAGGAAUUGACGUCGAGUUCACAAUCAAGGAACAACAAGAGAGCUCCAUUCUCUAGCCGCACUACUUUCGACGCUACGGAAAUUACGGAGGUUUGUAGUUUUUAGAAUAUUCCGACUCUGUCGCAGAGUUUCGCAUAAGCUUUAAUUCUUACUAUGUUUAGGCGAGGGAAAUGCGGAAUUCUAAAACUAUUUCGUCAUUCUUGAAAGCUCGCAAUAUUAAUACAGGUAAUAGUGAAAGCUUGCAUAUACCUCGAAAUAACCAUGAGACUGGAUGUAUUCCUGUGAACCUGACAAGACCCUGCUGCCAGGUUAGUCAUGUCUGAACUCUGAACUAUCUAAAAAAGAUUGCAACACUUUGACGUUUCUAGUAGCGUCCAUCGAUACAGGACGUUGUAUAGUGUUGGUCGGAAACAAACACACUAGGUCAAAACAAAUUCGAUACAGAAUUAUAGUCAAGACUGAGGUGAAACCAAAAUAUAGAAAUAUACUGUCAACUGUUGCUAAUGUCAGGCAUGGACAGAUUAUUUAACACUACCGUCUACUGUAUAUAAAUAUACGAAAUCGCUCGUUAAGGUCAUGGGAGUGAAGAUGCCAAAUGAGAGAUAGAAACUUUAUUUAUACACGGAAUAGAAUUCCAAAGGUGUGCUCAGUCAUACAUGAAACUAUUUUUCAUAUUGUUAGUACGCGGUUUUGGUAAACUAAGACCACUUGGAAUGUCCCGAAGGUUGUAGUUUGUUUUCUCACAUUUGUAUGAAAAAAGAUUAGUGAGUGCAUGAUUUAUAGGACCCAUUCUAUUUAAUACUUUGUACAUCAUUUUUGCCUUCUUCUUGAGUGGCUCCCAGCCCAAUGCACGUAUAGCAAUAGAAUGAUUUACGUCAUUGCUCAUGUUCAAGAUAAUUCCAGCAGCUAUUUUGACGAUUUUGGAGUCGUUUUGAUCGUGAUUCAUCAAACACAUCCCAUACUUCACAACUGUAAUCAAAGUAUGGGCGAACAAUAGCAUUAUAUAUAUCGAAAUGAGUGUAUCUUUGUCAACGAAAAGUUUGACUCGACGAAUAGCAGAGAUUCCUGCAGUUAUUUUUUUGCAAAUAUUUUCAGAAUUACUUUUCCUAGACAAAUGCUGGUCAACUAUUACUCCAAGAGUUUUGCAUUCGCUAACUUGUUUAAUUUGCUUAUUUUCAAUGAAAACAUUCAAAAAUGAAUCAGAAUUUAUUUAAUCAUGGCCUUUGAACCAAUUAACAUAAAUUCUGUGUUGGUUUCAUUUAGGCUAAGUUUAUUGGCAAUUAACCAUUUUUAAGAGGCGCAUUUGGCCACCUGUAACAGAUACACUGUAGGCAUGGAUCCAAGAGAUUUUCUGUCAAACGAGGAGAUGUUGUUAACAUGCAGGCUACCACUAGACAGGAAAUCGUUGUAGCACAGUAUUGAAGCUCGUAUAGGCCACCUUGAUUGUUUCAUCUCAAACUCAUUAAUUAUUUUGCUCACAUGAUAAUACUGGGUAACUUGUGAAGGAUAAUGAUUCAAUCCUUGGACUGGAUCAAAAUUAAUUCACCUCACUUUAAGUAGUGAUUUAUUCGUAUGAGAUGUCAUUUCAAAUCCUCCAAUUCGGACUGGACUAGAUUUCAAGUCCUCGCAUUGUGACCCAGUCCUCGGCUUCGCCUCGGACUUUAUCAAAUUGCGCGGACUUGAAAUCUAGUCCAGUCCACAUAGUCGGAUUUGAAAUAUUACCUGAACAUUGCUAGUCUUAAACUGUCUUUCUCGGGUUUUUUAGAUUUUCAAAGACUUUGUGUUUGGUGAACAUCAUGUGGAUUGUAUUCAUCUCUCACAACGAGGUGUUUAUGACGACAAUGGCCAAUAUCAUUGUUGUAAAUCACUACCAUUGCCAUAAUCUUUGCCGUAGGUGUACUGUAGAAUUACUGCAGUGAUUUUUGUCGAAACUAUAUAGAACAACUAGUUUCAUAUUUAAUCUGACACUGCAGAGAUCAACGUCGUUGUCGUGAGCGAGAUUCGAACUCGCAUAUUUUGCUCAUAUCUCUGCGGAUGGUUCAGAAAUAGCCUCCUCUGUACUCCGUAGGCAUCUCACACCCAUUCGCAGGCUAAAACCCAUAGAGAUGCCUGCGGAAGAGGCUAUUGAAACAUUGCGCGUCCUCCAAAAUUAAGCCGUUGCGAAGAUUUUUGUGCACUUAAAUCUCUAGGUACGAUAUUGCAAGCGAAAACUCGCUACCAAUCCCCGUCGGCUCGAUUGCUGCGUUCUCACUCGUCUGGCUCCUUACAACACGAGACAAGUUACAAUGCGUUACGUUGCGAGUCGACUUGUAGCAAGUCUACUCAAUGAGUAGGGCGGCGGUCUAGAAACGCAAAGAUGCGAGUUCGAAUCUCACUCGAGACAACGAAUUUUUCGUCUGCAGUAUAUCUGAAUAAAUCUAGUGAAACUAGUUUUUCAUAUUUGUGUGGGUAGUCCCAAAAACUACCACUCCACCUUCCAGAAGACGGCACUUCACUCGAAAUCCUAAUGUUUUCUUCCUCUUUUUCACGGAUAUGCCAGUAUGCCUAUUGUUCGACUUAAACCUCUACAAAAUGAUGUUAGUGUUAUUUUUUAUAUCAUGAAUAUAAUAAAUUUCAUUCUUACAUGUAUUUAUACCCGAAAGUGACAACUAGACCGUUUCGACUUCAAAUCUGAGGGGACCAAUUUGUUUCGUAAUAUACAGGGCUCGGUUGUACAAAUAUAGUCGGUUGUACGGAUAGUGAUAUUUUUCAAGCUUUCUUGAAUUCCCCGUUUACUGGUAAUCACCCAGAUUAAACUAUCGUAUAUCAAAAUUAAAGUUUCCAUAUUCGUUCUUUUAUUACUUUUCAAACAUUUUUACAACGGAUAAAAAAAUCACUUAUCCGAUGGAUAGCGCCACCCGGCCUUCGUACAACCGACCCCAGUAAAAUAAAAAACUCGGAAAAAUGAAUUAAUAUUCGUUAAUAUGGGGCUUCGGUGGUGCAGUCGUCAGAGCAAGCGCUUUUCAACUCGCCUUUCGCCUUCGGUUCAAUUCUCGCUGCGGACUUGUGUGAAAAGAGUCAGUUAACGCUCUGCCGAAGUCGGGGGUUUCCCCCCGGUGCUCCGGUUUCCUCCCACGGGGAAAGUAGACAAGGUGGGUUAGGAUAAACACAGUUAAGUUUUAUCACAAUUAUUGUAAAAAUAAAAUAAUCUAGGAGGCUAAGUAUGUAAUUAGGUAAGUGUCUGUAAAGCGCAUUUGAUGAUAUCCACAUGUAAAUUUGCGCUAUAGAAAUCGUAAUUGUAAUAUUGGGUGCAAGAAAAUGAGCAGAAAUUAAUAAUUAACUAAAUCCCACGGACGUUUUAGGCGUCACCGUAGCUCAGGCGAAAGGCGAGUUGAAAGGCGCUUGUUCUGACGACUGCACCACCGAAGCCCCAUAUUACCGAAUAUUAAUUCAUUUUUCGGAGUUUUUUAUUUUACUGGGGUCGGUUGUACGAAGGCCGGGUAGCGCUAUCCAUCGGAUAAGUGAUUUUUUUAUCCGUUGUAAAAAUGCUUGAAAAGUAAUAAAAGUACGAAUAUGGAAACUUUAAUUUUGAUAUACGAUAGUUUAAUCUGGGUGAUUACCAGUAAACGGGUGUAGUGUAGUAAACAAGUUGUAUAAUUAUGUGCAUAUAUUAUAUAUUGUUGUGUAUAUAUACAGGGUGUCCCAAAAAAAAACGAAACGGCAAGAGCCAAUUGUAAACUAGGAGUAGUCUGUAAAGUUUGAGAGGGAAAUAAUGACCUAUUAUUAUAUAGCAAGCAUCAUUUCCGGUGAAAUGGCGGACUGUGAUUGGCUGAGAAGCACUUUCAGCGGUCCAUUAUUUUCCCGUAAUGGAUCGGCGGUCCAUUACGUAAAAACGAACGCAUGCAUUUUAAAACAAAACAGCAAAACUAAUUACAAAUUUGAAAAUUUUAAUUUAAUUUGUUAUUAAUAAGAUAUCUGCGAAUGGUUUUUAGUGGAAAACGGAAGGAAUACAUUUGUAUUUUUUUUGUUUUGUUCCACCAAAUAUGUACUACGCUACUAAUAUGCACUUCAAAUCAUGCAUUUCUUGUUUUCAAGUAUAAAUGCUUAUGAAUGCCAUAUAGUUAAACUUUUUAUUAACCUCCCUUGCUCGGUAUGAACAGAGAAAUAUCGGAC